AUGGUGAAGGAAACCAUCCGGGUGUACGCGCGGGUGAAGCCGCUGGGCAGGCGGCAGCAGGCGGCGAUCUAUUCAGUUGACAAUGAUGAGACAUCUCUAUCCAGUUUGGAGAUUACUAUGCCACAUGAUUUAGCAGAUGGCUUCGUUAAUAAUAAACAAGAGAGCUACAAGUUCAAAUUUCAGAAAAUUUUUGAUCAAGAGGAAAAACAAGAUGUGGUUUUUGACAGCAUUGCCAAACCAGUAGCAGAAAGCGUUUUGGCAGGUUAUAAUGGCACUAUCUUUGCAUAUGGCCAGACAGGCAGUGGCAAAACUUUUACCAUCACAGGAGGAGCAGAACGUUACAGUGAUCGAGGCAUCAUUCCCAGGACUCUAUCUUAUGUUUUUAAUAAAUUGCAGAAGGAUAGCAGUAAAAUAUAUACAACUCAUGUUUCCUACUUAGAAAUCUACAAUGAAUGUGGAUAUGAUCUGCUGGACCCAAGACACGAGGCCUCCAGACUGGAAGAUUUGCCAAAAGUGACAAUAAUGGAAGACCCUGAUCAGAACAUUCAUCUGAAAAACUUGUCUCUUCAGCAAGCGAGCAACGAAGAGGAAGCUUUAAACUUACUCUUCUUGGGAGACACCAACAGAAUGAUUGCUGAGACACCAAUGAAUCAAGCCUCAACGCGUUCUCACUGCAUUUUCACUAUUCACAUCUCCAGCAAGGAGCCGGGAUCUGCAACUAUCCGACGCUCCAAGUUACACUUAGUAGACCUUGCUGGAUCAGAGCGUGUUGCAAAGACUGGAGUUGGAGGUCACUUAUUGACAGAGGCCAAAUAUAUUAACCUGUCAUUGCAUUAUUUGGAACAGGUAAUAAUUGCCCUUGCAGAGAAAAACCGGUCCCACAUUCCUUACCGAAACUCUAUGAUGACCUCAGUGCUAAGAGACAGCCUGGGAGGAAACUGCAUGACUACCAUGAUAGCAACACUCUCCAUAGACAAGAGAAACAUAGAUGAAUCUAUAUCAACCUGCAGAUUUGCACAGCGAGUUGCUCUUAUUAAGAAUGAAGCUGUUCUUAAUGAAGAAAUUGACCCCAGAUUGAUGAUUGUCCAGCUGCAAAAGGAGAUCCAGGAGCUGAAGGAUGAGCUGGCGCUGGUGACUGGCAAGCAAAGAACAUCAGAACUUUCACAGGAAGAACUACUUCAAUUGGAUGAGUUAAUUGAAACAUUUCUUCAAGAUAAUGAUCCUGAUAGCACUCUGGAUGUUGGUGCUGACACACGCAAGAUCAAAUAUUGCUUCAUUCGUGUGAAGCAACUAAUGAAACAUUCAGAGAUGUCUGACAAAAAACUGCGCUCACAACACAUACCUGAAGAAGAAGAUAGUAAUAAAGAAGCAGCAGCAGAAGAAUUGAAAAAUUUGAAAGAACUUCUGCAGCAAAGAGACAAUGAAAUCAAUAUUCUGGUAAAUAUGCUUAAAAAAGAAAAAAAGAAAUCACAAAAUGCUCUUUUCCAGCUUAAUGCUGCCUCUUGUGGUACUACAGUCUUGGAACAGUCUCUUUCUCUAAACUCAGAAGAAAGUCAGAGUCCAUCUUGCUGUUUUAGUCUAAAGGAAGCAAAAGAUUUUAGCUCUUCAGUUCACAGGCUACCUUUUCUUUCCAGACAAACAGAAGGAAAGAUGUCCCUUGGAUGUCAGGAAGCUUUUGAAGUAUUUAAGUGGGACCAUGCUGACAAUAUAACCAUUGAGGACAACAAACAGCUUCUGAAACAGAGGAUUGCUGAAGCUAAAUGCCUUGGAGAAAAAUUAAAUGAAGUGAGAAAUAAAAUAAACCACCUGAAAGGAGAAAUUAUCCAGAGGCGCAUUCAGAGGGCAGCUCUAGCUGUUUCCAGUCCUUCUGAAGAGCUAAAUACCCUUGAUCUGGUAGAAGAGAAACUUCGAAUGCAAAUUGAAGAAGGAAAAAAAAGUUAUAAAACAAUGUCCGUUCGCUUGAAAGGACUGAAGAUAGAGAUUGAGCAUCUACAGCUGCUAAUGGAAAAACUCAAGAUGAAGCUGCAAAAGGACUUUGAAGUCUGGUGGUCUCAAGAGGCAAGAAAUCUACAGCAGGAAAAGCCAGAGACGGUUAGCUCACCAAAUACUGCAACUGUUUAUCCUCAGUCUGUCAAAUCCUCACAUCUAUCAACUGACAGUUCUUCAGAGAGCACAAGAGUCAGCCCUAAUGAAAAUCCUGCUGGGAAGAACAAUUCAAUUACUUCAAGGAACCUUACUUUAAAAACAAAGACCCCACCAAAUUCAGGCACUUCUGUCCCUCUAACUGGAGACAACCAGGCUGAUGCUGACAUUCUAGCUUUCAUUAAAGCAAGACAGAACAUCCUGCAAAAGAAAGGUAAAUCCUGCCAAAAAAAUGGAAGCCAAACCAGAAUCUCCAGUACAGUGUUUUAA